AGCCCAAGAAAAAAAGCCGAAGCUACGAUGCUAACGGUUUGUUAGCUUUGUAUACUGACAGUUUGGCGUCCAGCUAGAUGGAGGAGAAAACACCCGACUGUUGUUAAGGAAGGAAGGGUUUCCAGAGAGACUCAGACUUGGAGCACUUCCUGCAUUCACCAACACCAAUCAACCUACUCAGGGUGGAUUUGAAGAUGUAGCCAAGAGGGUCAUCUCUGUGGUACUUCACCAAUUUUGCCCAGGCAUUAUCAGUGACACCUCACGGCCACCCUCUGCUAUCCUGGAGCACUUUGACCCCUAAGAAGGGCUGCCUAGUCUGUGACCUGGUCAUUCUCAGUCAGUCCGUCCCUGGUUGAAGACCCCACUGUGCUCAGCUAUGCUGUUCUCCCUGAGGGAACUGGUCCAGUGGCUGGGCUUUGCCACCUUUGAACUGUUCCUCCACCUUUUAGCUUUGCUGGUCUUCAGCAUGCUGGUCGCUCUGCGAGCUGACAAGUUCACACCCACACUGAGCUGGUGGCUGGUCUUCGUCCCACUGUUUGCUGCAGACGGCCUCAGCACCUACUUCACGGCCAUUGUGUCCAUCCGUCUUUACCAAGAGAAUGAGAAGCGUCUGGCAGUCCUGCGGCUCCUCUGGGUGCUGACGGUGCUCAGCCUGAAGCUGGUGUGCGAGGUGCUGCUGUGUCAGAAGCUGGCUGAGCAGGAACAAGCCAGAGACCUGUGGUUUGGCCUCAUCGUCUCGCCGCUGUUCAUCCUGCUGCAGCUGCUUAUGAUACGAGCCUGCCGUGUCACCUGAGAAGAGGCAGUCAGUAGUUGUGCUUUCACAUCACAGAGCAGUUUUCAUCUGCCAUUCGAGAUUUAAAGCAUAACAACGGUGUAAUUUUUCUUUUGGCUCACUGGCACCUUUUUUCAUUUUUUCACACACAUGUUCCAGGCAGGUCACACUAGACUCCAGUUUUUUAUUAUUUCUUUCUAAUAGCAUCAAAAUUGAGAAAAAUUUUCACUGCUUCCUUGAAGUAGUGGACAAUCUAUUUUAUGUGCUGCUAAAUGCUAAAAUGCACUGUAUGGCCAAAAGUAUAUGGACAUUCAGUUUGUGUGCAUUUGGUCUUGGGGCUGUUUUUCCUUAUUUCCACCCUAUAGUUCCAACAACAAUAGUGUGUUUCCAACUUUGUGGCAACAGUUUGGUUUGACUCUACAAUGUCCCCUUGCACAAAGCCAGGCCCAUAAAGAAAUGGUUUUCCUAGUCUAGUGUGGAAGAACAGGACUGACCUUAACACCUUUGGGAUAAACGGAAACACUAAAUGCAAGCCAGGCCUUAUCACUCAGUAUGAGUGACCAACUUCACUAAUGGCCAUGGGACUGAAUGGGAUCAAAUCCCUGCAGCCAGCCACUGAAAUUAUGUGGAAAGCCUGAAACCAAAAAAUUGGCAGCUGUUUUCCUAAUGGUUUGGAAAUAGGAACAGUUAUAUAUAAGAAUAAUAGAAUGACCACAUACUUUUGGCCAUGAAGUGUAAAUAUAGUUAAUGUUGCCUAUUGCUACAUUGAUGCUUUAACUGAUUUUGAACUCUGAAUGGAAGUAAAUUGAAACUGUCUCAAUUUUUCUGAGCCUCUUUUUCAUCAGGAUAGGGUUAGGGAUUAUGGCUGUAAGUUGUUGUGAUACUUUUAAAAAUACAAACAACUGGAGGAGAUGUCAGAGCAGUAAAUCUGUAUUUGGACCAUGUGUGCCGCUACCAUGGUGCAGUCGAUAGUAGACAAUGAGCCUUGAGGGAAAUUUAUACUAGAGUUAUGUUUUGAUGCACAUGUGCACACAACACAUAAAGAUAAAAUAAACUGGUGAAACCUCAAGGCAGUAAUACCCUAGGCAAUUUUUUGGGAUCUUUGAUAGGUAACCCAAGGAGCUGCAUCAGCAGCAUUGAUGCUUUUUCCCAGAGGAAGCAAUUGAUUGCCAGCAAAAUUUGAUUACAUUUAUUAUCUUUUGUGUCACUUUGUUGCCUGUUAAUGGGAGUGUUACUCAUGCAUUGUACCCCCAAAUUGCCUGGUAUGUCAGCUUCACCGGUGAGAUCGGUCUGGACAACAAGACGCUGGUUCUGAAACUUGUUGUCAGCUCACAGUCUCACUCCAAUGUAGAGGAACUGAAUGUGAUUAUCACUAGCAGUCAAUUGUGUGCACAUGUCUUCCCUAAAUAUUGCUGUUUAUUUGUAAAAAAUGUAAUGUUUUUGACCUUACCUUGCGUAUGUACCGCAUGUAUUAUGUAUUAUAUUAUGUAUGUGUGCCUCAUUUUAGGGUAAUUCCAGAUGUGAGAUUCUGUGUAAUAUGUAUAUUUUGAUUUUGGAAAGAAAUUCACCGAACCUUAUUUAUGUUCUUGUUAUGGCACCUUUAUUGUCAUCUGUAUAUACAUGUAAAUAAACCAUCAACAUUU